CUUCCUCACGCUUAUUUUUCUUUUCCAGUUCUCGGCUCGAAAUACUCAGGACAAUCCUGAGCUUCUCUAAAUAAGUUAGUUACUCACCCCCUAACGCCUUUCUCAGCCUUACAUGAAGCGAUGAUGCAUGGCAGUGGAGCCGGAUGCUAUUCUUAGGAUCACGCUAAACCAGGGACGUACUAGCGCGUAAACGACCUGAGAUUGCUAUCAGCCAACCUCAGUUCGUUGGAUUCAACAACACCGUCAACACCGCGACAUUGAUCGGUCAUUGGUAAUGUACUGUUGCAGGUCCAAAUUGAUGAUUCAGUGGGCUACGACGGCUUAGCCGGGCUGCGAUUGCGAUUGACAUGCCAAGGAUUUCAUUUCUGUGCUUAUUUCUCUGAGCCUUGAUGGAGCUCCUCAUAAGCAAUUAUUAUUAACCCGCAUCCAAAAAUAACAGCAAAUGUUCAUCACGCACUAGAGAGGCGCACUCCCGCCGCCUCACAACGCCCCACUCUGGCCUAGGUACGUUUUGGAAGCUCUUUUUGUGCAGCCUGCUCGAUUAAAAUGGCGCAUGUGCGCUUGAUUUACGACUCGUCUAUCCUUCACCCACAGCUGUCCAACGAAACAGGGAUUGUCUAACGAAUGCACAAACGGGUGACAAAUGGAUGCUGGUCACCAAUAUAAAAAGUACAGGUCAAGAAAUGCAGCUUGUGCGUCCCUCUUGCGUUCUGGGGGAGAUUUUCAUAAGCGGGCUGAGGCACUUUGUCGCCGAUCGUAGGCGAAGCACAGGGAUUCUGCUUCGAGCUGGCUAGCAGUGAUUUCAGCAGCUUUAUCGGAAUUCAACAACCAACUCGGGACGACAGGGAAUAGCACCAACCCCCUCGUCGCUUGAAUGGGAUGGAACUUGCGCCAAAAUCAAUAUGUGAUGGUGUUCUGGACCGCGAAGCAUCAUGUCGACUAGGAAUAACAACCCCGUCUGUUCGGGAAAAAAAAAAUGGAAAAUAAGAAUGUUGAUGCACGCGGGGACAGGCUAACAAUCUUUAGCUGCCCAACCGACAGUUUUAGUACAAGAUGCCACAGUUCCACUGCGGCUUGGCCGCUGAAAUCCGCGUUAGAGCCAACAGGAAUGCUUCCAGGGCAGUGUUCUAUUGGACCCUGUUCCCGGACUUGGAAAUUUGCUGUCAGUUUUUGCGUAACACCAGCCUCCGCGAACCUCAUGGGGUGUUAAUAAGAAUAGCUGACGUUUUCCCUCCUUUCGUUUCCGAACGAAAGCAUUCGCUUUUGCCCGCAGAAUCGUCCUAUAUGUCCGUUCACUUCACUCCAUUCAUGCUUUUCAUUGACUAGAUCUCUUGGUUAUGAAACUCUCCUUGAUGCUUUCAACACAUCGAGGCCAGCAGUUGUUUGUUUAUUGACCUUCGUCCGGCGUUUUUACCCCAACUACAUACUGCAUGCAAUCAUCCUACCCUUACAAUGUCCUCAAGCCAUCACGAUGAGCUACAUUUCAUUCCAUUACAUACACGAUCAUCAAGCUAUUUAUCCCAACCUAGUAACAAAAAUUCAUACCAACCUGUGCCUUCUUCAUCAGACCCCGUCGACAGGGCAGUCUCCCCACCAAUACCUUACCAAGACAAUGGAGACACUCCUGCUUCGCAGGCAACCUCUACCUUUGGCUUAGGGAUAGGUGACCGCAAUUCUUUACCCCACGAGUCCAGCCCGGAAAUCAGAAGAGAUACAACCACCUCAUACAACCCUCUACUAAUGGGCCAUAGUCCUCCGCAGGCCAGCACAGGCAGCACCCCGACCAUUAACAAUGGUAAUCCGGGACGUGCCGGCCCGCAAAAUUUCAAUUGUCCCAGUGCUGGGAGUGUUCGUCACAGGCGCAUGUCAUGGCUAACAAUCACCAUAUUGGUGCUUGCAUUUUAUUCUACCGCGCUAUCUGGAUUGUAUAUGAUCGUUGCUUUUAUUAAACCCAGGUAUGGCAGCAGGAUUGGGAAGGGUGGGUUGGCCCCCGAUACAGCGUCACUUUUAAGCGCGCUAUUUGCCAAAACCAUCGAACUGUCGUUCGUCACCGUUUUUGUUGCGUUUUUAGGCCAGGUCCUGAGUCGGAGAGCAAUCACGAAACGGGCAACAGGAAUAUCCAUUGCGGAUAUGUCGAUGCGUGGCUGGAUUAUGCAGCCAGGCAGCCUGAUAACGCAUUGGCAGCAUGUCAGGCACUCCGGCCUCACUGUUAUUGGGAUGAUAGCCCUGACCGCCACAUUGAUGGCUUUGCUGUACACGACUGCGGCGGAUGCAUUAGUUUCGCCAAAACUUAGCUACAGCCCAGAAGAGCUCGUGGAUUUCACAGGAACAGUGAAAACGAAGUUCGCAAACGUGCCGUACCUGUCAGACGAUUGCUUAACCCCAAUCUCCAAAGAAGUGGAUCCAGAAGCUAGCCAAAGCACUUGUCUGCAGCUGUCCUAUGUUGGGCAAGCCUACCACAACUACAGGGAAUAUAUUUCGGAGUGGUCUUUGUUAUCCAGAAAUGGUGAGAAGGCUGGAACCGAUAUGAAAAAUCGCAUAGUGCCAGCCGGCACAUGGAAUGAUAAUACGACUCUUCGUGGGAGUUGGAUCCACGAACAAGAUAUAAUCGAGUCGUCUAAAAAGCACGGAAGAAUGGUCAAUAAUGUCACUGCAGCGAUGCCGCAUGCUGGGAUCAUUGCAGCUUCGCGACAUCCUCGCAAUGCACUCAGGCAGCCAAGUGACUUCAAUGGCCUUGGUGAAUUUGAGCUGAAAGCCUCUGUUGUUUCACCUGUUGUUAACGUGCUCUGCGCGGGCUUGACGAAGGAGGAAAUAUCACCUCUUGUCUACAAUGAAUGGCCUGGAGUUCAAGGAAAGGUUAACGUUUCGACUUGGAAUAGUGAUCCUCCAGAAGGGCUCUGGGGCGAAGGGGGGACAUACAACGAAACUGCUGUUGACGAUAUUUUCGGGUUCAGCGAACGCAAACUUCCACCCAUCUUUCCAAAAUUGCCACUUCCGCACAACACGCUAGUGAAUGGCACUUUGAGGUUCCAUAUUAGGGACUCGUUGUACAUUCUACUUGCUUCUCCGCCAUACAUCACCGACCCCCCCUAUGCCCUCUGCGCCAUCAAAGCUGGGCUAACGACGCAAUGCUCGACAAAGUACCAGGCAACCGCCAGCGGCGGUAAUCUCGCCGCUAUAUGCGAUGAGCCAGACGAUGACUUUCGCUACAACAAGGACAGAAAUGAUCUUCCUUCCAUCGAGUGGGACGAGAACUGGGAAGAUAUGAGCACCGAAUGGGCCAAUUCCCUCAGUCUCGGCACGGGCAUUACAGACGGAUACGCUAGCAACACUCGACUACUCACCCAACUCAUUCCCCCCUUAGAUCCUAAUUCCGACACAUAUUCCCUCAGCGAGACCAUACCGUCAGUGGCCGAAGCAUUCGCCGCAAUGGCUGCCUCAACCCUUCUCAUGUCCACGGAAGGUGCCAACUUCGAUCUCGAGCGCCCCGAUCUAGAGAAACUCCCCAUGGAUCAUACUUUUAAAGCCUCCCUUCGUGUCACUGAUUAUGCCUCCGGCGGUGCCCAAAGGUGGCAAGGCAUUUUUUAUGUGGUGCUCGUGCUCGUCUUCUUGACAAACCUAGUGUGCUUGGGCUACAUGUAUCUAGAUAUCAAGGGUGAGCAGUUGACGGAUUUCACGGAGCCGCAAAACAUGUUUGCCCUUGCGCUUAACAGCCGUGGCAGCUCGAAGUUGAGUGGUGCGUGCGGCAUAGGACCUGUUGGGAAGCAGCUGUCGGAGCGCUGGAUCAUUGGUAUGGAGGAGGACACCGAACAUUAUUACAUCACCAGCAAGACGGAGAAAGCGGAGCUGCGGCAGCGAGAGCUUGCGGAGGAGCACUUGAAACCCACGGACAGUCCGGCGGUUAAGGAGUAUCGGCGCAUUUCGCGUAAUAGGAGUUCGAUUUCGAUUUUUCAUUGAUGAUCUGGGUGUUUUUUUCUCCAGUCCGUUUCGGAUAAGCUGGUCUAGCUACCUUUACAGCCAAUUGGGUUUCCUGUUUGCUUUUCGGCGAAUCGUUACGAUGAUCGUCUUAUAUCCUACCCUGGCUUUGUGCGUUGGAAAGUGAGGGCAGUUUUCGGUUUCGGUUUUAAUUGCUAUUCCAGAUACGUGGUCAACCUUCCGUCACACUAAGGCAGUUUUCUAUAUACCCACCCACCCAGUCUUCCAUAAAAACUUCCACGUUAAUGAUCAAUAUAAUGAUACUUUUAUUACAAAAUAUAUGGAGUUGCAGAAAAACCCACCUAAUAUAUCUGGCGUACAGUCAACGAUUAAACCUUAAAGGUGAGAAGACAAACUAUGGGAGUUAGUAGGAUCGAACGAUGCCAAAUGCCAAUCCAGGGGAAACCCGGCUGCGGCAUACUCUUGGAAACAAUAAACUCUAGGGACACACGACACAGUGAAAGUACUUAAAAAUGGAUAAUAACAGAUAUCUAAAGGUAUUGAUCAAUGUACAGUACAAUUAUGAGAAAACAAGUAGAAAAGAUGGGAAAAUGCAAAACCAAACAUGCAAAAAGCCCUCCACCCCUAGCCUAGGGAACAUAUGACAUGAUACAAAAGAACAACCCAAGAAACCCAAUCAAUCCGACAGACCCUUCUUGAAUCAAUAAUACUCCUCGAGAUCUCCAAAGGAUCCCAACUUGUCGCUCUCACAUUUAAACUCCGGCUCAUAUGCCUUCUUCGGUAGAAUCCCAGCAUCGAGUCCCUUCUUAUAGCUCCACUGCACCGCCGUCUCUGUCUGCCAUGUCCAGUAGAACCAUCCGUACCCCCUUUCAAACGCAUACAUCUGCGCUUCGGCGUACAUCCGCAGAUAUUUCUUGUAUGAGUCGGAAUAAUCGGACGGGUCUGCAUUGGCCUGGUCACAGGAGCAGGGUGGGCCCUCGGCGGCGGGAUCAUCAGGCGGCCACUGGGUCGGACAGUGCGGUUUCAUGACUCGGUCCUUAGCCUGCGGAUGAUCCAUGGUACCGAGCCAACGACUGCCGACGUUAACGUUGUUGAGGAAUUUGGCGCAAUCGGUGUCAGCCUGGGACCAUUCUCCGCAGAUUGUGGGGCCCCAGCUAUAAAAAAUUGGAGAAGAGAUCAGCUUGAAAAUUCUGCAUGGGGGGGGAUAUAUCCGGUAAAAGCGCAGUCAACAGAUAAAGCUUACCCUGUACCCUUUGUGUUUGACUUGGCAAUCAGCUUAACCCAGCUCUCACACACGAAAUCCAACUUCUUACGAUGCGGUAGCCCAAUCUGACCCGUAUUAAAAACCGUAUACUGAUGCGUAUCCAGCAUUAGAUUAUCGUCUACAUCCUGCAUUAUCGUUUUCCACUUCUCAAGAUUAAGGAACCCAUCCGCAAACGCAAUCUUCGCGUCUUUCAAACCGCUCUUCCUAACUAUCGAAAUCGCCUUCGUAUUCCAGUUAAUAACAGAUUCAAUAUCAAGCUUUAACAUCAUCGGCUCGUUCACUAAACCAUAUAUUGUAACCACAUUCUUAUACCGCUCCUGCGCGAAGAAUGUGGCCAAUUGUUCGUGGAUUUCGUGCGUGCGAUCGCCAUUCUUGGCGCCAUCGGCGCCUUCCAGCCAACCGAUGGAACCCUGCCGGCCGCUGUGGUUCCAUCCGUUCUGACUACCUGGAGCGCCAUGCAUGUCGAGCUUGACACGCAGUCCGUACUUCCUGCAGUAUUCAAUCGCCCGGAGAAGAUAGCGCCAGCCAACUCUCUCGACGUAAGGAUCGUCGUCGUAGGUUUUAACGAGCCAGUAGGAGUAAGGGAUGCGGACAUGAUCGAGCCCAGCAUCUCGCAUCUCCCGAAACGACUGCUCAUUAAUGAAAGUCGCGUAGUGCUUUUCUAGAUACUGGGCCGCAUUGGGUGCAAGCUUCUUGCUGAGUGUGUAUUCGUCAACAAUGUUAUCUUUGUAGGAAUAACCACUGAAAAACGAAGGGGUGAUGAAGGGUUCGAGAGAGAGCCAGCCGCCAAUAUUGACGCCCCUGAUCGGCUGUUUGCCGUAUGGGAACUUCUUGUUCAAUGGAGGGACGUUCUUGUUUGGUUGGGCUGAGUCGUCCCAAGAUAAGUUCAGGCCCAUGAUGGGAAGGCCACCGACGGUUUCAGCAGUGUAUGUGACAUUCAUGUCCGCCGUGUCAUACCAUGUUCGGGGGUCGAAGUACGUUUUCUUAGCGCUUUCCUGCAAUAACUAAAUAUCAGCCAUCCAUCUGUCCCCUCCGGACACGACUAGAAAGAAAAAUAUCAAACUGGAUCUUACCGGGAGUGUAUCUGGGUCAAAGUUCUCCAGCUCAGUCCUUGGUGGAUGUGGUUGGGAACCUGGACCGCUCGGGUUAUCCCCCGAGUCACCACCAGCACCCUGGUCGCUGUUCUUAUUUUUUGAUACCACAACGGCAAUGGGGAUGAUAAUAAUCAGGAACAAUGCCAACACUCCAGCAGUGACCCAUAAUUUUUUCUUCUUGCUCCAACCAGCAAAUCCACUCCCUCCCCCAUCAUCACCCCCUCCGCCUCCACCUCCUUUUCUUUCUUUCUCAUCCUUCCAGGCGCCGCGCCCCCCACCCCCUCUUGUCCUCAGCUCCGGACUCCUCCCCUCCUCCAGAAAAGCACCAGAAACCAACCUCCUCCCGGGCCAUCCCUUACCCUUCGCCCCUUUUUCAGCCGAAAUAUCCCUCUCCCUUUCCCUAGCCUCUUCCCUCCUCCUCCUUUUCCUCUCCUUCUCCAACAGAGCCUUCUCCUCUUUCGCUGCCCUAGCCUUCUCCGCCGCCUCUAAUUUCAUCUGAGCCGCGUUCAACUUCGCCAGCGCAUCCACGCUGAGCAAUUGUGUCGCACUAUUCGCCGAAUCGGUACUAGCAUGCUUAUGUUUAUUACUCCGCGCCCCCUUUUCCCUCGGAAGAUAUUUAUCUGUCUCCCUCCUCCUCCUAUCCCUAUUCCUCUCCCUUUCCCUCUCCCGAUCCCGAUCCGUGCCAACCCCACCGCGGACCUCACCAUCAUCGUCAUCGUUCAAUCCCCUUCGCCUCCGGUCCCUGACACGCCCCUUCGUCGGACUAUGCUCGUCCGCCGUACUGUCCCUCCGCCGUCUUCCCUCGCGAUCCCGCUCACGAUCUCUUUUCUUUAUAGGCGACGUUGCAGG